AUGUACGGGGACCCGGGGUUUGAUUCCAAAAUUAUGAUGAACUCUGGAAAGAUCAAGCAGAAGAAAACCAAGCUGGACCACCUGAUGGACCGGCUGGUGAUCGUGAUCUUCCUGCUGCUUUUGGUGACGUCUCUGGGCCUCGCUGUCGCCUCUGGGUUCUGGGCCAGGACGUUCCAGGAGAAGCACAGCUACCUGGCUGCCCUCUACAAGCACACGAGCCCUGCCCAGCAGGCCUUCCUCAACUUCUGGGGCUUCACCAUCCUGCUGAGCGUCAUCAUCCCCAUGUCCAUGUACAUCACGUUUGAAUUCAUCUACCUGGUGAACAGCUGUUUUAUUAACUGGGACCUGGAGAUGUAUUAUGGUGCCAAGGACAUGCCAGCCGAAGCCAGGAGCACCAGCCUCAGCGACCAGCUGGGGCAGAUCGAGUACAUCUUCUCAGACAAGACAGGCACCCUGACACAGAACAUCAUGAGCUUCAAGAAAUGCUGCGUCAACGGGACCAUCUACGGUAACCCAGGCUGGGAGAAGUUUGUAGGGCACAAGGUGGAUGUUUGCGAUGUGACGCUGCUGGAAGCCGCUCAGAGGGACAGCGACCCGGUGCUGAGGGAGUUCCUGAGGCUGCUGGCGCUCUGCCACACCGUCAUGGUGGAGGACAGGGGCGACCAGCUGGUUUACCAGGCAGCUUCCCCAGAUGAGGAAGCGCUGGUGUUGGCAGCCAGGAGCUUGGGCUACGUCUUCCUGGCCCGGACCCAGGACAGCAUCACCAUCAGGGAGCUGGGCAGGACCAGGACGUACGAGGUGCUGGCCAUGCUGGACUUCAACAGCGACCGCAAGAGGAUGUCUGUCCUGGUGCGAGACCCCCAGGGCACCAUCCGGCUCUACACCAAGGGUGCCGACACCGUCAUCCUGGAGAGGCUGCGGAGCCGAGGGCCCAGCGAGACCCUGACCGAGACGGCGCUGGAUCGCUUUGCAGAGGAGACGCUGAGGACACUGUGCGUGGCCAGCAGGGAGGUGAGCGAGGCCGAGUUCCACGCCUGGAGCCGGAGGCACCGCGAGGCCACGGUGCUGCUGCAGGACCGUGCCCGGGAGCUGGACAGGCUCUAUGAGGAGAUGGAGCAGAACCUGCAGCUGCUCGGGGCCACGGCCAUCGAGGACAAGCUGCAAGACGGAGUCCCCGAGACCAUCCAGCUGCUGAAACUGGGCAACAUCAAAGUGUGGGUGCUGACAGGAGACAAACAAGAGACUGCAAUGAACAUCGGCUACGCCUGCAGGCUGCUGACGGACGACAUGGAGAUCCUGGAGGAGAAGGAGGUCAGCGAGAUCCUCCAGGCUUACUGGGAGAGCAACAACAACCUCAGUGGCGGUGGGGACACCCCGUGCAGCCACCGCCCCUCCCAGGAGCGCCCAGAGGCUCUGUGCCACAAGAGAGCCAUCAUCAUCAGUGGGGACUUCCUGGACAAAAUCCUCCACACGGGAGAGGUGCUGAAGGAGAAGAAGGGGUGGCCGUGGCGGUGGCUGUGCUGUGAUGGGGCCGAGGCCUCGCAGGACCAGGGAGGUCUGGUGGAGAAGGCCUUUGUGGACCUGGCCACCAGCUGCCAGGCCGUCAUCUGCUGCAGGGUGACCCCCAAGCAGAAAGCCCUGAUAGUGCAGCUGGUGAAGAAGCACAAGAAGGCUGUCACCUUGGCCAUCGGGGAUGGCGCCAACGAUGUCAACAUGAUCAAAACCGCGGACAUCGGGGUGGGCAUCAGCGGGCUGGAGGGGCUGCAGGCCGUGCAGUGCAGUGACUACGCCCUGGCCCAGUUCUCCUUCCUGCAGCGCCUGCUGCUCGUCCACGGCCGCUGGAAUUACCUGCGCAUCUGCAAGUUCCUCCGGUACUUCCUCUACAAGACCUUUGCUGGCCUCCUGCCCCAGGUGUGGUUUGCUUUCCACAGCGGAUUCACGGCCCAGCCUCUGUACGAGGGCUGGUUCCUUGCGCUGUACAACAUUUUCUACACUGCCUACCCCGUGCUCUCCGUGGGCCUUCUGGAGCAGGACGUGAGUGCCAAGAAGAGCCUGGAGUUCCCUGAGCUCUACAUGGUCGGGCAGCAGGACGAGCUCUUCAAUUACCGCGUUUUUGGUGUCACCCUCCUGCACGGGGUGGGCACCUCCCUCAUCAGCUUCUACAUCACGCUCUGGGCCUUUGAGGACCACGUGGGCACCAAGGCUGUGGGUGACUACGAGUCCUUCUCUGUCACAGUGGCCCUGUCAGCAUUGCUGUCGGUCCUCGUGGAGAUUGUCCUGGACACUCAGUACUGGACAGUGUUGUCCUUCCUGAUGGUCACAGCCAGCCUGCUCUUCUUCUGCCUCUUCUCCUUCCUGACCCAAAGCGUUGAUGCCUUCAGGAUUGCCCCUGCCAUCUUCCGCUUCCCAGAUGCCUGCUGGAAUGCCCUGACCGACCCCUAUGUCCUGCUCGUGGUCCUGCUGUCCCUGGUGGCCAACACCAUCCCCUCGCUCGCUGUCCGUGCCUUCCGUGCUGUCCUGGGCAGAGCCACCCCCCAGCAGAAGAUCCACCUGAAGGCCAAGCGAGAUCCAGAGCCCUCAGUGGAGCUGCGAUCCCACGUUCCCCGCGGCUCCUUCCACCGCCGCUCCAGCUACGCCUUCUCCCAUCAGGAGGGCUACGCCGGCCUCAUCACCCGCGGGGACAGUCUGCGUGCCAGGGCCACCCACGGCACCUCCCCGGGUCCCCUGCCACCCCAGGGCACCCCGGCCGUGUCCUCCCUGCUCUGCCCCUCGGUGUAGCCCCUCAGCAGGGCGCACACCUGGCUCUUCCCUCCACCUUUAAUCUUACUUGGGGGCUUUGCAGCCCCUGCGGUUGCAGAGGGGCUGGCCCAGCCUGGGGGGCUCCUGCUGCGGGUGCUGAGCCCUGGACUGGGCCCUGCAGUGGCCCCAUGGCCCCACACUGCUGCACAUGGUGCUGGAAAGCUCUGGAAGCCACUGACCACUGCCACUGGGCUCGGCCCCUCGCCCUGGGACCCCUGGCUGGCAGCACAGCCCCUUCCCUCUGCUGAGUCCUUGGAACCUGGGCUUCCUCUUGUGUGAGGCUCAUCCCACCCCAAGCUGCACCCACAAAAGCAGCGCUGCUGACCCAGACUCAUUAACGCACCUUGGAAUUAAUUAAAUGUCCCGAUGGAGAGCAGCGUGGGCUGGGUGUGGGUGCAGCCCCUCAGCCCUGCUCAUUCCCACCCACAGGGGACUGAGCUGCAGUGGCUGCAUGAAGAACCUUUCGUGUUCUCCACCAAGGGCUGGUGACAAUCCUGUGGCUUUUCUGUCAUCAAACAGGUCACAGAAUCCUGCAGAGGUUUGGGUGGGACCUUAAAGCUCAUCUCAUUGCACCCUCUGCCAUGGGCAGGGUCACCUCCACCAGCCCAGGUGGCUCAGACUCGAGCAGUGUAAUUUUAAAAUAUCCCCUAAUUUCUGGAGAAGCAGGCAGGUUUGAUUGAUUGAUUGAUUGAUUGAUCACCUGCAGGUUUUUCUUCUCCAGCCAGACCAGCCUGGCUCCUGCAGCCCUCCUUGGCACUCCCCACCACUCUCAGCCCCUGCCUUUGCUGUCCCUGCACAAGGGGCAGUGCUCUCUAUGUGCCUUGUCCCAUCUCCACACCACUUCCCCAGGUCUGGUGUCCCCACCUUUGGGGACAACUUACAGCCACAGGCUUUGCAAAGUCCCAAAAAGCACUUCUGGGGGGGAUGUGGAUAAGUUCUGCCUGGUGGACACAGGGGACACAUCCCACAGAGCCAGGGCCACCAGCAGUGGCUGCUGGAGAAGUUGUGUGUGAACUGGAUCACCCUUAUUAGGGCUUUGGUUUUAAUUAAAAUGAUGGUUUAGCUUUUAUCUCCUCUCCUGCUGUGCCACAAAGGGUGAAAGUGGCACUGGAAGGUGCCUCAGUCUGUGCCAGCAGUGCUUGUGCCGUGGCAAAAGGCACAGCAGGAGAAGAAAUCUGGGUAAAAAGAUGCACAAUUAAAUCAUCCACGGGGGCUUGGCCCUGCCUGCAGCACAUGUGAGUUGAUGGGUUUGUUUUACAAGUGCUUUGGCCUCAUCUGCACCGGGUUUGUGAGAAUUAAAGUGUUUCCCUUGGGCUCUGGCCAGAAGGACCUGGAUGGUGCCAAGAAAUAAAAGUCUUUCCUCUGGGGAAGCUCUCACUGCUGCAACUGCCAGGUGGAAAACAGGGGAUGGAAAAACGGGG